AGAAACUGAGAAGUGCUAUCCAUGGAAGCACACCCUAACAGGUUCAUCUGCCAGAAGUGGCCCAACAGGAAGCACUGAAUAUGGAGUUAGAUUAUAAAGAAGUCUUUGUAAUGAUGGAGGACAAACUCAACAAACUUGAGUCAAAGGUCAAGAAAAUGCCCAGAAAUGUUCCACCAGAACCAGUGUCAUGUCACCCAGUGUAAACAGGGAUACACCCCCUAUCUGGUGUUCACCAUCUUCCAAGCAUCAAUCAGAGAAAGAGUGUCUACCAGAGACAAGGACAUUCCACCAAUCUUCAAGUCUUCAUCUACAGUGUACCAGGGAUAUCUGAUGUUACUGGACUUUUGCCUGAAGUAUGAUCAACAUAAGAAUGGAUUUGGCACCAAUGUUCCUAAUGUUCCUCGCAUUCACGAUGGAGAAGGUUUACAGGGAUGUGCUCUUGACACCAGUCAUUAUCUACAUUCUAUGUCUGGUGUCUGGUGUAAGCCCUACUUUAAAUGGGCCUUUUCAGAUCAAUUUUUUACUAGUAUGGUGUUUGGUGUUAUGUGUUCGGCUAUGUGGAAUAUUACUCCAAUGACUAGAAUAUGCUCAAGCCUUAAUAUCUGACUUUAUGAUGACUUUUAUGUAGCUCCACAGAGCAGGUCCAAGCUAUUUUUUCUUGCUGAUACAUGUAGUUGUAGUAGAUGAAAUAAUUUACAACUUUAUAUUGAUGAAGUUUGUAUUUGUUAUUAUAUUGUGCUGACUAUUCUGCAAAAGUGGAUCCAAAGGUUUUCCAGAGUUUUUCCCCUUAUGAGUUUUAUCUCUGGUUUUUUACCCUGGAUCUACUUGUCGUGGAACUAGUCAGCAGGGGGGGGGGGGUAAAGGGAAUGGGGGUGGGGUGUUUUAGGGUAAAUAAGUCAAAAUUGCAUAUGGAUUAGCAACGACAUCUCCCAACUUUUCUCUUUGAAGUCUUGCUCAUCUUUUGAUAACAAAUUUUGUAUGCCUGGAUAUGUGGGUCCAAAGUUUUUUUACACUUUGUAUUGAAGGCACGCAAGAUGCAAAAUUGGUCAAAAGCAUGAUUUUUGUAUGUACAAAUGUACAAAUCUAAGGCAAGUCCUGUCUCUUGCCAAAAUUCAUCAAUGUAAAUCAACUACUUUUAUGUGAAAAAAACCCCUCAAAACAAGUUGAAAAACAAAGGUCCAAGGUCGCAAAGGUCAUUAUGAACAUAUAUACAUUCAAAUAUUUAAUUCCUGAGAUAAUUGAAAAACUAUUCAAGAUCAACUGCGAAUUUAGUUGAUAAUAUACCUUUAUUGGAAAGGCAAUGAUCUUACUAGAUUUUGAGGUCUGGAGGUCAAUGUUCAUAGAGGUCACGGUAAACCUUAAAGUAUCUUUUUCUCAUGAUAACAAACCUUUUUAGUAUUUCACCUUAAACUUUACUCGAGUACAUGUAUGCAUAUGGAAGUGGUAAUGACCUGAUUAGCUAUUAGGGUCAUGAGGUUCAAAGGUCACAUAGGUCAUUAUAAACAGUAAUAUCUUGUUCUUGCAAUAAACUAUAAUUGUUGGGGUCUUGAGAACAAAGUACGGAGUUCAUUUUAUACAUUGUUCCUGAUUUCCAACAAACUGUUUGAGAGCUGAUUGCCAAUCAAAGACUCAUGUAUCUAUCUAUGAGAGGUUGAUUUUUGCCAGAUUUUAGGGUCACAAGGUCAGGGAUCAAAGGUUACAGAUGUUAUCAAUUCAAAAUAUUGUCCAGUACUGUGUGCGCCUCACCGGCGACUGACUGGAAUACUCCCCAGGGAGUGGAGGAUGUGCACACAUUGU